GAUAUUGUCAACAAUCUGUUUAAUAGUUACACGUUACACCAGACAUGGAGUAAUGUAAAAAAACAUAAAGCAACACUCCUUCUGUUUGCACAAAGUGGCAGUACUGCCCAGGACAAGUCUUCACCUAAGAAUACCCCUGAAAUUUUAGUGAAACAUCUCAAAAAUGUCUGCAGCUGGAUUUACAAAUCUUUUUCCUGCAUUGGUCAAUUGCUUUGUAAUCAUUAUAUUUGGUUACCUCGCUGGUUGGUUCAACGUUGUUACACCAAGUCAAGGGAAAGGAAUCAGUAACUUUGUUGCUACUUUUGCACUGCCUGCCACUAUUUUCAAAAGUAUGGUUGAAUUAAACUUUGCAACUGUGAACUGGUCUUUCAUGCUGGCGUGUAUGUUCGGUAAAGCAACUGUGUUCAUACUUGUAAUUGUGUUAACUCUUAUUAUGCUAAGAAGAAAUGGUGUUGGGCGUUCAGCAUUAUAUGCAAUAUUUGCGACACAGAGCAAUGACUUUGCCCUUGGUUAUCCUAUUGUUAAAGUUUUAUACGCCAAGACCCAUCCAGAAUUGCUUCAGUACAUUUACUUGGCUGCACCAGUAAGCCUUCUAAUACUUAAUCCUAUUGGAUUUAUAAUGCUGGAAAUAGAUAAGCAGUGGAGGAAGGAAGAUAGUGAUACUAAUGAUGGGAAUGAGCUCGACAGUUCACCGUGUGAUGAUUGUCCUUCAUCUGAGAGUUGCAGCACUGUGAAGUCGGUUGAGGUGGAAACAGCCAUCACCGGGUGGAAACUUGCAUUUAAAAUAUUCAAGGGGGUUCUCUUUAACCCAAUUGUGCUCAUGGUGUUUCUGGGCUUGGCAUUUCACUUUAUUUGUGGCGGGAAGCUGCCGUAUCUGCCCAAACAGAUACUCACCACACUAGCUAACUCAUUCUCUGCCACUGCUCUGUUUUAUCUCGGUCUCUCAAUGGUUGGGAAGUUAUCGAAACAAAAAGGAGUCAAUUUGCUGGUGCCAUGUGUGCUAAUAGUCGCAAAAAUUCUUCUGCUUCCGAUUUUGAUCCGUUUGUUCAUGUACCUCUUCUCAUCUGUGCUCCCUGUGCAUGUUCCUCAAAUCACAAACACAACAACAAAUACGAGCACAUCUUACUUAACAACGCUUUCAAACUUUGGGUUCCUAUAUGGGACUUUCCCUACAGCCCCAUCCGUUAUCAUUUACGCAACCAAAUAUGGCAUGGAAGUGGACAGGUUGGCUUCUGGAAUGGUGCUUUGUACAACAUUGUCAGCACCGAUCAUGUAUGUAAGUGCGUGGACACUCUCAAUACCUUCCAUGCAAUACAACUUCUAUAAAUCGCAAGUAAUUCUCGUUGACAGGGAUGUGAGCAUUGUGGGAAUAAUGUGCGCGCUUUGGUGCAUAGCAGUUUUUAUGGGCACAAAGAAAUUCCGAAGAGUUCCUCAUAUUAUCACCUUAUUUCUAACGUGUAGCAUGUUUUUCAUGUGCGUUGUGGCAGUGGUUGCAAUGUCCAGUAAAAGUUACAGCAACACUGCAAAGUUGAUAUGUUACGCACUGCUCUUUUUUGGAGUGAAAUCUACACGUCUUUUAUCGGUGUCUCUCGCUAUUUCACUUCUUGUCAUAAAGAUUUAUGGUGAAGCAAAAUUAUGGCAACUUAGAUGGUUCUUUAUAUUUGUACCAGGCUUACUAUCUGCAGGUCUUACAUUAGUUGUUAUCAGCGUAAGUGAUCACAAAGUGAUAGACCAGGUUGAUAAUCCCGUAUUUGCCCUUGGCUUUACACAGCAAAUUGCUUCUUGUAUUGUGAUUGGUCUGUGCCUCGCUACUACCAUCGUGUGUCUCGUAAUCUUGUUCAGAUUGCCAAACUUAUUCGAUUCUCACAAGUCAACACUUUCGAACUCUGACAGUUUCUCAUUAUCAGAAUCAGAAACGAAUGAUCUUCUUCCACAAUCACGUAAUGAAAGAUCCUCCAUCAGCAACUCAUCACUUAGUAGUGAUGUUAAAUGGUGGGAUCUACAUAGUGGAGAUAACGAAAUGGUGAAACAUGUCGUUCUGCUUCUCCUGCUUUCUCUAUCUAUGUUUAUUGGUUUGACACUCACAGCUUGGAGAGUGAGUGCCCACAACAUGCUUUCUGGGAUUUUCUUUGAAGUUUCUUUUCUUGAUUCUGUGUUCAACUUUGCUUUCUUGAUCUUUAUUAUAUUUGGAAUCGACACAGAACUUAUUGUGGAACCGUUCUUAAAAGCUUGGAGAAGUAUUUUCUUCCGUGACAACAAAGUAAGUCUUGCUCCUCUCUCCGAAGUUGAUAAAGAAAUCCUUCAACAAUGUUUUGUCUUCACCCGAUACCAUCUUGAACAUUGCAAGCAAGAUAUUGUGCAACCUCACAGGAAAGCAUUACAAACAUAUGAGGACGCUUUCUUUGGAACAGAACUUUGUACUUGGUUAAUUGAAGUUGGACUUGCACUCAACAGAAGGGAAGCCAUUAUAUAUGGACAGAAUCUAAUGUUGGGUCGUGUAUUACAUCAUAUAUCACACGGUCAUUACUUCCAAGACAAGGAUUAUUUGUAUCAGUUUGAAAAGCGACAUGACAAGAAACGUAAAAGAACAAGAGAAACAGUUUCAGGUGACCAGGGUUCUAACAGAAACCAGAACAACUGUGAAAGUGGUUCUUGUAGGAUUGAACAUCAUCUUGGGUUUGAGUUUGAAAUGUAUAUGACAGAUGCUGAUCUUGGAAAUUGGUCGCUUGCUACUCCAGCUAAAACAACUUGUGGCAACACAGUUAAACACAAACAACGUAGUCGUACACUGGAUGAUUUAAGUUCCCGUCCACAAGACACAAGUGAUGACAUGAUGCUAAACCUUGCGCAUGAUACGCUUAACCUACUACAGUAUGAACAAGCCAGCACAUCAAGGCAAGUUGUCCAUGCUGUUGUACAACCAACACCCAAAGAUAGUGAAAUACUGAAUGACUGUUUUUUCAAGCAGGUGGAAGAUUCGAAGUUUUAAGAUGUUAUAAUAUCAUGGUGCAACUGCUUGAUGAGUAUCAUCAAUUGUGUUUCUGGUACCAGUAUGUCAAGUCCACAGUGGAACUCCUGACUUAUAUGAUAGUCGGUGGCUGGUGCAUUAAUGUGCCUUAAAGGAGAUUCUUGACUUCAGUAUUUGUUGUUUUGUUCCUUAAUGUGUUUUUUCAUCGAAAAUAAUUUAUUGUUAAAGUAUUUAUUCUGUUGUAUACGUCCAGUAACUUAAUUGGUACGUAGCAGUUAAGCCAGUGUUGGUCGCAAAACGUGUACAAUAAAACAUUUUUACGAGAAUA